AUGGAGUCGCUGUUCGUGCGCUCGCUGGCGCUGGGGGCGGCGGCGCAGGAUGCGCAGACGCUGGCCAGCGCGUCGCGCACCACGGCGGACGCGACCUUCGCCGUGGCCAGCGGCCGCGAGGGCGUCAUCCGCGUGUACGCGGCGUCGUGCUCGGCGCUGCUGCACGAGUUCGCGGCCAUCCACAGCCGCGUGUACACGCUGCACUACACGAGCUUCUCGGACAGCCUCGUGACGCUGGAGAGCGACGCCAAGGAGGGAGAUGACGGCGACGACGAGGACGCCGAGACCUUCCUGUGCGUGUACCACGACUGGCGCGAGCGCAAGAUGGUGCGCGGCUACACGCUGCCGCUGGGCGUGCUCGAGAGCCCGUCGUCCAAGCGCAAGGCCGACUGCGUGGCCGUCUGCAGCUUCACGGGGCGCGUCGUGGUGGCCAUGGGCUCCGUGCUCAACAUCUGGCAAUGCAGCCGCGGCUUCUUCGAGCACGUCAUGGAGCUCAAGGUGGACAUGGCGCAGCGCCACGCCUUCAUGCAGGUGGAGUACGUGGCCAUCCACGGCGUCUACGUGUCCUUCGCCUCGCAGACGGAGGUGCGCGUCAUGGAGAUCCACGUCAGAAGCUCCAAGGACGUGGAGGAGGUGUCCAAGCUUGACGCAACGCUGGACAAGACGAUGGCGCUCGAGGACUGGAGCGGCAGGCAGGAGGACGGAGAUGCCGCCGUGCCUGAGGACUCUUCGCAGUGCGUCCAAAUCACGAGCUUCGAAGACCUCGAUGCGUUCGUGGAGGUGCCCGUGUCCUGCUCGGCCUACAGCACGAUGGAAGCCGACACCAGACGCGAACAGGACGAGCAGCGGAUCUUUGACGAGCAGGAGCAGAUCCCCAUGGUGCUGGGCCGCAAUGAGGCUCAGCAGGAGGUGUGGAACCUGGCGGGAUUGGUCAAGAGCCAGGAUAUCCGCACGAACCAGGCCAUGUCGUACUUCAUUGGGGAGAACGACGUGAGCGUGCUGCUGCAGCGCUACUUGCCGCCGAACCACAGCGUUCGCUCGCUCAAGUUCCUGCCAGAGACUAUCGACAACCGAGUUUGUGUCGAGACGAGGAGCUACACGCGACUGCUGGUAGCGACGGAGAAGCACGCAUUCCUGUACUACUUCUUGUCGGAGGAAGUGGAUUCAACGAGGAAGAAAAUGUCCAAGAAGGUGCUGGGCAAGGACGAGCGCACGCGGUCGAGGGGCAUGCACAAGCCCAUCAAAGUGGGGAAGGUGGUCGUGGGGAAGAGUCGAGACUCUUUUACCAGCGUCGAGGAGGAUGAAGACCAGGGCGAUGCUGAGGCAGAUGGCUCGACGGAGUCUGGGCGCGUGGUGAUGCACUACAACUUCACGUCAGCGGUCACCAGUAUCACGGCCAACAGCUCUUUCCUGUUUGUCGCGACUCUGUCAGGGCUACAAGUGUGGUCCAUUUGGAGUCCGUGUCACUACGUGGCAGCCAGUCGUGCGCUCAGCAAGUCGCUCGUGCCCCAACCUUCGCAGCCGCAACUCCUUUGCACCCAGCCGAUUCCGUAUCCGGUAUCGCAGCUAGCGGCUCUCGAUUCGUACGUCGUCUUGCUCCCGCAAGUGAACUCGUUGGCGUACCAGAGGCCAAAUGACAUCGUCCAUGUGGCGAGUCUAGCUGCAGCCGAGCGUCUGCCGGAGGCCGAGUUCGAAAUGCGUCCACCUCUCGACUUCGAGGAAGACCCAUCUCAGCGUAGCAUCAUGAUUUUCCAGCAAAGCCCACCGUCGCUGGUAUUCUCCUACGUGCGUCAAGGCGUGCUAUCUACCGACGGAGAUAUGAAGCCGUUCCAGAUCGACUUGCUGUUGAGUUUGUUCUCGCUGUAUCGUUACCGCGCGGAUGUGGGUUUCGAUCUCCUCCGCCUUGCCAUUAACAAUGAAGCUGCUCGAAAGGAGGUUGCAGCUUCAAUAUCGGACCGGAAGGAGAGGUUGGCUCUUGAGCUGGAGACAAAGUUGUACGACCGCCUCGCCAGGGAAUGUGCGGCGGAUCUAGCAGCAGUGUUCAUGUCGAAGCACCAUCGCAACUUAGAGAGGGCUGCUCUUCUGUUUGUGGCGUCGAACGUCUCGUCCAUUGACGUGAUGCACCGCCUCCAAGCUAUCGUCGGAACUGUGGAUCGGUCGGAGGUGAUUAGAGCUACGGGGGAGUAUCUGGAAGCCUUUGUGUUCCCCUCUCCAGAAUCGCUCGCAGAUAUUUGUGCUCCUCAGCUGAUUCAAGAUUCAAGCUCAACUGACGCCAAGUUUACGAGGAUUGUGUUGUUACACUACGGCAAAUACUUCCCGGAGCAACUUUCUCGCCUGAUUGUCGACUCCUCAUUGAAAUGGACGCUGGAAGAUAUCGCGUUCGCGCUCGAGAAGUUAAACGAGUCGUCUAGCCACAGCAUCCUCGUCAAGAUCGCGAGGCUCGUACUAGUGCUGCGCGCAACCUCAUUUUCGGUUGAGGCUUGGGACGCUCUGAAAAGUUCACAAGGGGCGUCUACUGAGGAUUUCGUCGAGCAGUGUUCGUAUCCGUCCAUGCUUGCACUGGUGAACGACUUGCUCGCGAAUCGCGUCGACGCGCUCGUCCACCUGACAGUCACGCAUCCGGAUCUGCUUAUUCAAGAGAUUCCUCUUUCAGAGGAAGAAAAGCGGGAAACUGGCGUCAGUCGGCGCUUCUCCAGCUCCACGUUGACCAAGGCGCUGCUGGAAAAUGCUCCGUCAAAGUAUCUGGAUAUCCUGGAGCAAAUUUUCAACAACGCCAUCGGGCGUCAGGAAACGAUCCAGUCCACGCUGCUAUUCUGCUUGAACGCAAUUGGUGAUGCCGCGGCUCCGUCGGCAGCGAGGAUUGCUUCGAGCGGAUCGUCGUGUGAUGAUGCUGGUCAGGGCAACUCGUCGUUCGUUCCUGAUCAAGCGCUAGUGCUGCGCUUCCUGGUGUUCGUACUUCAGAUGUUCCCGACACUUGAAAAACUUUCGGAGAAGGAAGAGGUGCAAGAUGACGAAGAGGACUUGCAUAGCGCCAAGGCAGCUGUGGCAGCGGAGCUUACGCGCCUUUGCGUCACUCUAAGCUCAUGUUUCAAUGGCUCAGAGAGUAACGACGAAGGCAGGCGUGUGGAGUCUACGGUGUGCGACUUGUUUGAGCCGAUGGUUUCGGAGUCAACUACCCAUGGAUUCCUUCCUGGCUGGGUGCAAGAGUAUCUGAAAACGCGUUGUCUGUCGGUGGCCCCUAGACUGCGCAGAACGCUUGGGUUUCUUUUCUACCAAGCGUUGGGACUGCUUCACGAGAAGGACCUCAUCCAUCCUCAGGACGUACUAUCAGUGUAUGAGGUGGCGGAUUCGGAGUCACCCGACGUGGCGGGGUGGAACCUUGAGAACGAUCUGGCUGCACUUGUUGUUCUCUUGACUUUGCCUCGCGUGUCCAGGUACGCAGCCUUGCCGAUGAUCUUGCUCCUUUCACGAUGA